GGGCUGAGCCCGGCCGGCAGGAGCCGCCCCGCCCGGGAUCGGGCUGCGCCCUCCGCCACCGCCCCUGAAGAGGGAGGGGAAGGCAGCGCUGCCAGGCGGGGCUGGCAGCAAGAUGGCGCCGGCGGUGCGGGGGCUGAAGAGCUUCGUGUGGCAGAAGCUGAAAUCAGCAAUAUUUGAUGACUUCACCAAAGAGGAAGAAUGGAAGGUAAUGCUUUUAGAUGAUUACACUACUAAAUUACUGUCACUGUGCUGCAAAAUGACUGAUCUACUGGCAGAGGGUGUCACAGUGGUGGAGAAUGUAUAUAAAAGCCGUGAGCCUGUCCCACACAUGAAGGCAAUAUAUUUAAUAACUCCCACCAAAAAGUCUGUUGAUGGACUGAUUGAUGACUUCAUCACUAAAUCAUCCAGCAGAUACAAAGCAGCAUACGUGUAUUUCACUGACUUUUGUCCUGACAACCUCUUCAAUAAAAUUAAGGCUUCAUGUGCAAAAUCAAUAAAGAAAUGCAAGGAGAUCAACAUUUCAUUCUUCCCUUAUGAGUCUCAGGUAUUUACUCUCAACAUCCCAGAUGCAUUCUACCGCUGCUACAGUCCCACUCUGGAAAAGACAAAGGAUAAAGAUGCUGUACUGCAAGUCAUGGCUGAACAAAUUGUUACCUUAUGUGCCACACUAGAUGAGAAUCCAGGAGUACGAUAUAAAAGUGGACCAUCUGAUAGAGCCAGCAAACUUGCCCAGCUUGUUGAAAAGAGUCUUGAAAACUACUACAAAACAGAUGAGAGAAGCCAAAUAAAGGCUAAAACCCACUCCCAACUAAUAAUAAUUGAUCGUGGUUUUGACCCAGUAUCAACUGUACUCCAUGAGCUCACCUUCCAGGCAAUGGCAUAUGAUCUGCUACCCAUUGAAAAUGAUACUUACAAAUACAAAACAGAAGGCUCCGGUGGGAAGGAAAAGGAGGCAAUUUUGGAGGAAGACGAUGACCUGUGGGUGAAGAUGCGGCACAAGCAUAUUGCAGAUGUGCUAGAGGAAAUACCAAAACUUUUGAAAGAUGCUUCAUCAAAAACAAAAGCAGCAGAAGGAAAAUUAUCCAUAUCUGCUCUGUCCCAGUUAAUGAAGAAGAUGCCACUCUAUCGUAAAGAGAUUAGUAAGCAAGUUGUUCAUCUUAACAUAGCAGAAGAUUGCAUGAGCAAGUUCAAAUCUAACAUAGAAAGGCUCUGUAAAACUGAACAGGACUUGGCUCUUGGAACUGAUGCAGAAGGUGAAAAAGUAAAAGAUUCUAUGAGGGUCCUCCUUCCAGUUCUGCUCAACAAAAGUCAUGACAGCUGUGACAAAAUCAGAGCUAUUCUCCUGUAUAUCUUUAGCACAAAUGGAACUACCCAGGAGAACUUGGACAAGCUGAUCCAGAAUGUACACAUAGAAAGUGAUAGCGAUAUGAUAAAAAAUUGGAAAUACCUUGAUGUUCCUGUUAUCUCUUCAUUUGUUGCUCAGCAGCAUAAAUACAUAAGAAGGGACCGCUCUAAAGAAGAAACCUUUCAGCUUUCUAGGUGGACUCCGGUUAUCAAAGAUGUUAUGGAGGAUGCUAUAGAAAACAAAUUAGAUUCAAAAGACUGGCCUUAUUGUUCCCGCUGUCCUCCCACCUGGAAUGGGUCAGGAGCAGUAAGCGCGCGCCAGAAGCCUAGAGCGAGUCACAGAGAGGAGCGCAGGAGCAGUGCAAGGCUGAUUGUGUUUGUCAUUGGAGGCGUCACGUUCUCGGAGAUGCGCAGCGCCUACGAGGUUUCUGAGGCCUACAAGUCCUGUGAAGUUGUUAUUGGUUCUACUCAUAUUUUGACACCUAGAAAACUACUAGAGGAAGUGAAGAGCCUUAGUAAACCCAAGGAUAUGGUCUGCCUUAAGGAUGAAUAGAUAUGGUGAUGUUUAUGAUGCAUUAAAAACACAAACAGUAUGUACAUAU